CCUCUGUAUCCUUGGUGAAAAUAGAGAUAAAAACCUCGAUGUUACAUGACACUGUUACUCUCACCUGCAAUAAGUUCUGCAGUGGCCCUAGAACAUGGAACUAUAAUGACGACCCAGUGACCCCUUGUGAGGCUGACCGUUGCAAAGAAGGAAACGGGUUUGAAAACAGAGUCAGACUCUCAAAUGAAAGUUUUCAAGGCAAUUAUUCCCUUGAUCUCAUCAUCAUUCUGGUUGAGUUCAAUGACCAGGGGUCCUAUGUUGGCACUUGUGAUGGCCAACAUUUUGAUUUCAAGCUUGAGGUUCUGGUUCCCAUAACUGUGAAUACAUCCACUGGAGACAAUGUCACCAUACCUUGCUAUGCAACCUCACCAAAAUCGGAAGGAUGCUAUGUUUUGUGGGAGAAGAAUGGUGAGCCAGUACUGAAGCUUGAGGAUGGAGUUCUCACUCCUGGCCCCACGCUGAAGGACAGAGCAUCAGUUUCUCAGGACGGUUGCGAGAAGGGUGACCUCUCCCUUCGCAUCGCUGGUGUCCUCCCAUCUGAUCAAGGACUAUAUCUUUGCCAAUACUCUAAGACAAGAGACACAGAUCAAUUCAGAGGGGCUCCAAAUUCAGCAAGGCUCAACGUGCAACGUGCCAACGACAACGGGGAGACAUGUUCAUGCGAUACAUUGCAAAACAUUGCGAUAUUUGUGCCAGUUUGUCUGGUAUUAAUUAUUAUUAUUGCCAUCUUAGUGUGGUGGAAAUGUCCUUGUAAAGCUAGGACCAUUAGACCACCAGAUGGAUUUUCUCUGGUUCCGCCUAGAGAUGACAGGCCUACGGUUCCCGUGGAGUGUACAGUUAAUGCCCCAGCCUCUGGACCCGGAGAGACUGAUGAUGACCUUCCCUUACCUGAAAUGGACACUAACUUGCGAGCUCCAGUCCCGUGGACUAAAUGACUGUCCACAAUGCAAUCCACAGUCACAUGGGCUAAAAGCAUGGAGUGUUUUAAAUGCUGUCUUUUACUACACUGCUAUUUCGUUUUUGGAAAGUUACUCAGUUGU